GAAAAGGAUAUGAAAAAUUGGUUAUGAAUACGAAUGUGGUUCCGCUGACUGUCUUCUGCUGCUGCCUGCUGCCUGCUUGUUGUCCUCUUGUCUUUGUUUCUUUUUGUCGUGGAAAGAAUUUAUGCCAGGAAAGAGGUAUAGGGUGCAUUUGAUAUGUUUUGGAACUCAAUUUCAAAGCAAUUAGCACGUCCUUUGUUGCCUGCAGUUAGGAGACAUGCAGUUCCCACUUGGCAAUGUGCGCCUUCCAGAUUUAUAUGUGACAGAUCCUUACUGAGGCUGGAUGAAUACGAGCGAGAAAAGAAAAAGUGUCAGCUCAAAGUCAAGGAUGUAGAUUCCUUUUGGCUCAGAAUAUUCUCUUUGCAGGACUCUGGAGAUGCCUUCGAAGAUGAUCUGAAAUUAGCAUGGCUCCUCGCAGACAAGGAUCAUUUACCCACUUUAGUUGAAAUGACUGAGCACUUUACUCAAAAGUGUUCCAAAGGUUCAUUUGGUUCCUUUAAAUUUGGGUCAGUGAUGAUGAGAACCUGUCACUACUUGAACAGCCCUGAUGAUGCCCUCAAAAUAGCUGAAAGUGAAAUACUCCGAAGAUGGUUAAAUGACCCUAUAUCAAAUAUUGUUCUCAUGGAUUUGUUGAUUGAAAGUGGGCGCUCUAAAGAGGCUGCCGAGGUUUAUGAAAAACUUUUUAAGAGUGAAUGGUUUUUUGCUCUGCGAAACCCACUUAUUCCAAUUUUGUAUGCCAUUUCUCUUUACAAACAGGGUACAGCUGACUCUUUUGACAGAGCAAAUAAGCUGUGCUCAAAUCUUGUUACGAAACUUAUCUACAAACAAAAGAUAGAAGAUAUUAUUGCCGCCUUUGCAUUGAAAGUUAAACAAGCAAAUAUUGCCAGGCAUUUGGUCCAAAAGAGAGAAGCAAAUUCUGAAUUAUCUUGGAACAUUAUGGUCCAAGCAAAUGUGAUGCAGUCCCAUGAAGGUAGCUCAGUUCUUCAAAGAAGAAUACUACAAAGAAAUCAACAUCAUGUGUACAAGGACACAUUUGCAGCAAUCCAGGCGACAUACCCAGAUUUGGUCAAAUCCCUGAAGAUUAAACCUAUCAAUUUGACGGUAGAGGAGCAGGUGUUGGGAACCAUCCACAUAGAAGACAAGGAUCAUGUAGAGGCCAAAAGAAAACGCUAUUACUAAAGUUAUUGAACCCGACAUUGUGUCAAGAUGUAAAUACAAAAUACUUUGUUACUGUUCUUAAUAAAUAAAGAUAAUUAUGAUAUAA